UCCCCGACGGCGAUGGCUGAGAGUCCGGGGAGCACCGGGGCAGCACCGCCGCCCGCCUGGUUCUUGCCCGGUCCCCGCGGCCGCUCCCAAAGCACCAUCUCCUCUUUCUCCUCCUCCCGCAGGACCUGCCUGCUCCGGUCCAACGUGGGCGGCUCAGUUGAUGGUUUGGAUAAGGCUUCAAUCGCUAACUCCGAUGGACCAGCUCCAGGAUCCCAAACUCCCCCCUUCAAGAGGAAGGGCAAACUCUCCACCAUUGGUAAAAUCUUUAAACCUUGGAAAUGGCGGAAGAAGAAGACUAGUGACAAAUUCAGAGAAACGUCAGCAGUGCUGGAAAGGAAGAUUUCAACAAGACAAAGCAGAGAGGAGCUGAUAAGAAGGGGAGUGCUGAAAGAAAUGCCUGAGCAAGAUGGUGAUGUAACAGUAAAUUUUGAAACUUCAAAUGGACACACCAUAGCCAUUGGUGAAGAAGCCAUACAGGAAGAAAAUGUGGUAAAAGCCAGCGGAGAUAACGGUACGUUAUCAGAGAAAACAUCAGCAGUGGAAGGAAAAAAAGAAGAUCAAAAAGAGAGCACUACCGAUCACUGCCCAGAAAUACCGGCAUCCCAUGCUCCACCACCACCACCCAAGCCUAAGCCUAAAUCUAAAAAAGCUCCGCUACCACCAAAAAAUGCUAUUGCUGCUUCCACUACCACCAGCCAUAAGAGUAACGAAGCACCUCAUGCUAAAAAAAAGGGAAAGGCUCCUGCUAAGCAGCCUCCUCUCCCACCGCCCAAGCCAACAAGUCACAGUGCAAAUCGAGAUGCUGCUAGUUCCUCUCAUGCAAAAAAACCACCAGUCUCCAAGUCCUCUUCAUCACCAUCUCCUUCGUCCACAUCAUCUCAUCCCAAAGCCUCUAAGGAGACUUCCAGCAAAUCAGGCACAUCGGGGACUCCCAGGGGCAAAAAGAAACCUGGGAAACAGUCAGGCCCACGAACAGCGCCGGAUGGGGCUGCUUCUUCCCCCUCAGGUGCCGCAGCCAACAGGUUGGAAGCGAAGGCAGAAAAACCCGAGCCUGAGCAACCCUCCAUUGUCAUUUCUGAAACAGAGGACGCAGACCAACCGAGCAAGCUGGUCGUCCCCCCUCCUCCCACCGCUGCCCCUCCUCCACCUCCACUUCCACCUCCUUUCCCUGCUGCAGCCGGUGAGCCUGCUCUCUCCUCAGAUGCCCAAGACGUGUCAGACGGUGGCAUGGCAGGGUUGGCCGUCCCCGGGUCAGAUACUAAACCUCUUCUCCAGGCGGAGCAUGGCACAGACGAGAGCCUGAGCAGUAUGGCCCUAGACAGCGGUCCAGAUGCUCAUGGAGAAGACGCAAAAAGCUUGGCUACCAAAGAAGGCCAAGAAGUGGAGGCACCUGACCAGGCACACUCUGAACUGGUGGAGGAGGCUUCUGACGGUGCUGCCCCUCCUGAGAGUGAAAGUAGCAGAGAGAGCCACAGCAGCGACUCAGACUCUGACGGACCGAUACUGUACACAGAUGAUGAUGAUGAUGAUGACGAUGAUGAUAAUGCAAGUGCUGAAAGCUCUUUGGCAAGUAAAAUUCGUCGCAGGGAUACUCUUGCUAUCAAACUUGGCAACAGACCAUCUAAGAAAGAAUUAGAAGACAAAAACAUCUUGCAGCGCACAUCUGAAGAGGAGAGGCAGGAAAUCAGACAUCAGAUUGGAACGAAGCUAGUGAGGAGACUCAGCCAGAGGCCUACAACUGAAGAGCUAGAGCAAAGAAAUAUCUUAAAACAGAAGAAUGAAGAAGAGGAACAGGAAGCCAAAAGAGAAAUAAAACGUAGACUCAGUAGAAAGCUCAGCCUGAGGCCUACAGUGGCUGAACUUCAAGCAAGAAGAAUCCUUCGAUUUAACGAGUACGUGGAGGUCACAGAUUCUCCGGAUUACGACCGUCGUGCCGACAAGCCUUGGGCCCGGUUAACUCCCGCAGACAAGGCAGCAAUACGGAAAGAACUGAAUGAAUUUAAAAGCACAGAGAUGGAAGUACAUGAGGAAAGUCGGCAAUUUACCAGGUUUCAUCGUCCAUAAUUGUUUGACCACAUCCCGUAUUUCCUGUAACAAUUUUCUUUGGGGAAAUCAUUGCGUCCUGAAGACCUGAGAUUGCACUGGAACUUGACUGAGUGUGAGUGUGUGCUACAACUUACCCUGAGGUUAAUGAAGGAUGUGGCCCUCGUCUUUAUCCAUGGACAAAUGAUUUGUCUAGGAGGAGAACCCACAUGAAGCGUUUGUCAGCGUUAAGACAAACGGCGAUUCUGUGGCUAGCCCGCACAGAUGAAUCAGUGGAUGACUUCUUCGGAGCUCCACAAGUCAGGAAGUGCUGAAGACAAUCGCUUGAGAGCCUGCUACCGGGAUCUCAUCAGACUUCAUAGGGUUGUGACUGAGGGUAACUGAGAGGGGGGAGUGUGAAAAGGACUGAGAGCGUCGGGGAAGAGAGACUUUGCUUGUCGAUCCACAGAGAAAAGUGGAACGGAUGGGACUGCUUAACAAUGCACUUGGCCAGUGGGAGAAACUAUUUAAAAAAAAAAAGAAGAGAGUGUGAGCAGCUGUGCAUGUGGGUUUUUUUUAGUGGCCGCAGCCUGUCUUAGAAAGACAGUAGGCCACAAGUCCUCAUGUCAUCAGUACCUUCGUGAACAACUGUAAUUUUCUCUGGUGCCAGUAAAUGCAGUUGCCAGAAAUUAGUCCUAGUAUAACUCAGCUGUCUUUUUUUUAAAAUCCUGAUGAGCAUGCUUCAAGAAAAUACGUUGAACAUUCAUACAGCAUAAGUCAUAUAUUUUUUGUUUUUUAAUGUUGACAUACUCUGGAUCCUCAGAAGUACAUAAACAGGAUUCGAAGGACAAAUAACAUGUGACACUAUGAAUGCAAUGAAAUGCUUCAUGUUUAGAAACACUCCUUGCGUCUGUCACUUGCCAUUUGAACCACAGGGAUCAUUGUCUUUCUCACCUAUGGCAGGCAAUGGUGACAAUUUUGACAUCAUGCUAGUGUGAAUCCAAAAUCAGAAUUGAAAUUGGGCACAAAAGUCUUUACUAGUAGGCUUGAGCAGUGACUACUGAUGUGACCUCUCACAUUUAAGGACUCUUGCACUGCUCUGAGGAAGAGCUCCCAGAUGAAUCAGUACGUCUUCAGCAUAUGUAAAAGCGAAUGGAAAAUCCUUAGAGUGUCUGCAGCCUGGUUUUGUUGAGUGUGAAGAAUGCUUCUUAGAUUCAUAAUUUUUUAUACUAUCUUGAAAUUGUAUAUGUGAAUACAGUACUAUUAAAAUCAAGUGGUAUGGAGUGUGAAAGGCAAUACAUGGUUUUUCUAAGUUGGCCCAAAGGCCUAUUAAAAAGCCUGUGGCGUUGUUUACACUAAGAAGUUCUCUGUCUUAUAUUAGCACUUAUUUAUCCUUUGAAUUAAUCUACACAACAUUUGGGGGGGUCUGGAAUUCACAUAUGCAUACAUUUAAUGCAGUAUUACAAUAUAUUUACUAUUUAUCCUUUCUAAUGUGUGUACAUAUUACAAUUUAUUUUUGUCUUUUAUGUGCCCUAUUUAGUUUUUAAUUAUGAAGUGUAAGUAUUUCUUUUUCAGGCAAUAAAAGGUCUGCGUAGAUGUGAUUUUUACCUCAGAACCUGCAAUAGAUUCCUGUGGAAUGCUUUUAGUUUAUAAAAUUGAAGUUUGUUGUUUUAGAUGUCAGCCUAAAGGCAGGAAGACAAUUUGGUGGCUAAAAUUAGAUCUCCCUCUUUACUGAUAUUUACAGCAAGACCAGGUUUGCAUAAGUGGAGUGGAUUAUUUUAGUAAAGAGCAAUUCUAGUAAGAGGAGAGUGCUUUCCAACAGCUGGCACUCUAUUACUUUUAAAGAGGUUGACAAACCUUUUUCUAAAAAGAUAGAUUUAUAUAAUUGUUAGGAUCACUUACAUUUUAGUAAAAAACUGUGACGUAUGGACCCCAAAAUAUCAAUAAUCAAAUACAAUAACAAUCUACAUGCUUGUAGCAAAGAAAAGGAAGCAGCACCUUCCUUUUUUAAUGGAAUCAAUAAGAGGCAUUAGGAUUCCAUCUGCAGAAAACGGUUUAGCUUCUGUGAGGCCCAUCUAUAUUACAAAUAUAGAAACACCGCUUGGACAUCAAGGAAGCAGUGAAAAUGUAUUCUUUGGCACUAAAUCAUGCAGGAAUGAUCAGGCCAUUACAGUUAAGGUGUGUCAGCAAUUCUGGUAGAAUCCUAAUUUUUAUUUUUAGAAUUUUAGAGUAAACUUAAAAACUUACACUAGUACUUAAUAAAUAGUUCCACUGCUUAAACUUUUUGUUGCUAUUGUUGCCAAAUUUAGAAAUACGUGUCGAAAAUCCUAUGAAGGCCUACUGUGUUGACUCUGAAGUAUAAAAUGCAGUAUUUCACUUCAAAGGAAAAAAGUGGAGCAAUUAAAUAGACCUCAGUGUUGCCUUAAUCACUUUCAAACAUUUGAAAGCAGCCAAGAUGCUAAAGGCAGAAAGAUAGCUGUUGCACAGGCAGAAUAACUUGGACAAAGGUAAAGUCAUACUAUAUAAACUUUAUGUAAGACAGUAGUUCUACUGACAUGCCAGGAUAUGUAUGGGUUACACAGGUGAACUAAAACUUGUUAAACUCUUAGGAUGAAGUGAAUGAAUUGACUUUGCAAGAAGACAUUCCUCUAUACGAGGCCUGGAGCACGGAUGGCAGGAUGUGUGGCACCUUCUUGUUUAAGAAUUAAAACACAAAGAUGAAGAUACAACUUCUGGCUCAGACUUCUCCAAGCUGCAUUUUGACAUAAGACAUGAGGAUACAUAGGUGAGGUAUCACUUAGGCUUUCGCUGUCCUCCUUCUGGGUUUGGGGUUCUUUUUAAGUAUUCACUACAAACCAUUGCUAGAGGCAGAAUACUAGCCUGGAUAGAGAUGCUGAGAUAAUCUUUAAUUUCUUAUGUCAUUCCAUAUUAUUUUGAUGAUAAAUAAUCAGAUGCAUUAUUUGGCCCACAGUUCAGGAAACUAUUUAAGCAAAUUUAUGUAACUGGACAAAAAGAGUGGCCUUUAUUGGGACUUCCGUAAAAAUGUAGUAUACUUGCAGAAUUAGAACUAUAAACUAUCCAUUGUGUAUUGUACCCACACACAGACUUAGAAUUGUAUAUACUAUUUAUAUAUUCUAAAUAUCAACUGGCAGAAAACCGACAGCUGUAAAGUGUUAUCCACACAAUAAAAAAUAACAAGAUUUUGGUAUGUCACUGCGUGCAGUGAAGCAAGUUUGCUUUACCUGAUCGAGCUGCCUGAAGUCAGUUUCUGCUGUAUCUCCUAGUCCUCUGUAUUGAUGAUUUCAAAUGUCUUCAAGUUGCUACAAGAGCCUGUGGGAAAUAAUAUGUCGUGUACCUAACUCUGUAUGGUGCAGGGAGGAAUCAGGAUAAGUCCCGAGAAACUCCUGAGUAAGUAGUCCUUGAGGAAAAAAAUAAAAAGAUGCAAAAAAGGCAAAGAAAAAAAUAACACUUUCCACACAACACAUAGAACAGUCCAGCUGGCUAAAAGGGAUCAAUGUGUUAAUUCGUAUCAAGUUGGACAAAUCAUUUAAAUGUCAUCCACAACAUAUGAGAAAUCUUACACACAUACCUAUGUUCCGGUAUGAACUCAGAUGUCUACAUCCACACAAAGAGAAAAUGAGUAGCUGGAAGCAGUGGUUUCCGAAAUGACCUCAUACAUCACAUUUAUCAGUAGGAUCAUGCAUCACAGCAUGUUGCUGUGGGUGCAAAGAAUGGAUGCUUAAUCAAAUCCUAAUUUCUUCUUUGCAUACCAAAUUUAAAUGGUUCUAGAAUGUCUCUCAUCUCUCUCUUCUUUCAGGCAAGAUAUAUUAGUCCUUAUAACUGAAAUUUGUUUCAAAUGAAAAAUAGUCUGCCUGAAUUUCCUCUAAUUGUGAUACACGUGUUGACUCAACAAGUACCAAAAAAAUAUUAUUUAAGCUAACGAUUAUUUAAGCUAAAUACCGUUUUGACUGGUGAUUUGAAACAAGGUAGGACCAGCAGUGGUGUCUCUUCAAAAUCACUGAAAGUAUUCACAGCCAUUUGUAGGUCUACAAGAUUGUAUUUAUUUGUUGGGUUUAGCAUUUACCUACAGUUGUGCGUGUCUUGCUGUGGUGGACUUCACCAACCUCUGAUGUGGUGUGGGGCAGGGCAGCCCAACCUUCUGCUUUGGCCACACUGAGCACCUCUUAGAGAAGCACCACGACCUGAGUGUUGACAUGUAAAAACCCUAUCAGACUACCUUUUUUUUUUUACUUUUUUUUUUUCCUUGAAAAUCACAUGAAAGCUGUGAAACAAAGGGAGGAAAAUGUCCCUGAUAUUACAGAAAUUAGACUGCUCUUUCCAGGUGAGAUUAGUGCUUUGUUUCCAGCAGAGGUGCUUCAAACCCAGGUCUUGUGACCUGUAAUACUACAGCUGUGUCAGAGAACUGGUUUCAAAAUAGCUGUCACGUAACCUGAUGAUAAAUAUGGUCUGAGGCACAAUUUCGUAUCAUCAUAAAAAUGGAAGGAAGAUCCAGCUAGCACAGAUUAAAAAGGUGAAUCUAGUCUGGCUGCCUGGAAAUCAGUCGAGACCCCCUCAUCAGCUGCAGCCAGCAGCGGGUCAGAGCCAGGGUAGGGAGAGGCGUGCGGUCACCUGAGUACCUGGCAGACUACACCAGUCUGCAGCAGGCCUGGCCUGGCUGAGCACUGCUGGCAUCCUAAGUAGAGACUAGAAUAUGAGCCCACAUCUUAGUGUCUGUUAAUGCUUUAAUGAUAAAAUAAACCAAGCUAAAAGCCUACACUUGCAUUGAAUUGUCAGGUAUACCAGAACUGCAUCUUUUUAAUGCUUUCACGUCAUCCGUUUUCAUUCGUGUCUCAAGGAGUUAAGACCUGUGCCGCUGCUGUAAACUAAAAUAAAGACAUACUCAGGGUGAAAAACAGAAUAAAUUUGGCUCCUGCCUUUAGGAGCUCCCACAUUUAGCUCCAUUAUUGUUGGUAUCUUUAUUCUUAUUGUACAAAGCUCUGUGCAAUGCUCACUGCUGGAACCUAGCUUUUGAUGAAUAAAAAAAAAAAAAAAAAAAAAAAAAA